GCGCCCACGUCACGCCGGCUGCGGGGAGGAUCCGCUCGCUCUCCUCACUGGUCCAGCUCAGCGGCAGCGCAGCCUCGGCGCACCGAGCAACUCAGACAGAAAGGAGGGCACUGAGCUUUCAAGAGCCCCGGCAUCAAAGGCAACACAUCAGGACAAAAAGUAGGAGUCUGCCUUGAGGGAAAUGGAUAAAUGGACGGCGAUCAUUUUCCCCAGCAGAACCGGUUCACUUGUCCCUCCUGUGCUUCUUCUAACGGCAUGAUUUGGAGGAUAUACAUUUUCAGAAAUAGGUAGCUCUCAGUGACUCUUAGGUGAAACAUUCUUAAAUGCAUUUAUUUACAUGUCAAGUGGGAGUUUCUUCGCCAUAGAUGCCCAUACGUUAUGUGAUCUUGAACCAGCGACGCUAUAGACAUGGAGGUUCCCAGCAUAGACUUCUCGGAUGUGGAAAGUUUUCUUGACAAGCACCCAGAACUAUUUGAAGAUUAUCUCAACCGCAAAGGAAGCUACAGCAUGGUGGAGAAAUGGCUCAAGAACCACCAGGCGAACAAAUCUGCCGAUCCGGAUAAAAGCAACAGCAGGAAAGAGAGCUGGGCGAGCACGAGUGACGGAUUGAAGCGGCGGGCAUCGCAGAAGGAGCUGCGGAAAACUUUUGCCAGGUCUAAAGCCAUCAACGCCAACAGGACGUAUGAUGAGCACGUCAACUCCAGGGCCCAGGAACCUCUGACCAGCAUGCGGAGAAGGGCACUGCUGAGGAAAGCCAGCUCGCUGCCCCCGACCACUGCCCACAUCCUGAGUGCACUGCUGGAGUCCCGAGUGAACAUACCCCAGUACCCAUCCACGGCUGUGGAUUUCAAAUACUAUCUCAAAGAGCACAACGAGAGGGAGUUUUUCCUGGAGCUAGUGAAAGACAUCUCCAACGAUCUGGAUUUAACGAGCCUCAGCUACAAGAUCCUGGUUUUCGUCUGUAUUAUGGUGGACGCGGACCGCUGUUCCUUGUUUUUGGUUGAAGGCACGGCCAAUAAGAAGACCUUGGUGUCCAAAUUCUUUGAUGUGCACGCAGGUACCACGGUGUUGCCCUCCCUGAGCAACUCGGACGAAGUGCAGGUGCCCUGGGGAAAGGGGAUCAUCGGGUAUGUGGCUGAGCACGGAGAGACCGUCAACAUCCCCGAUGCAUAUCAGGACCGUCGCUUCAGCGAUGAAAUCGACAAGCUGACGGGGUACAAGACGAAGUCGCUGCUGUGUAUGCCCAUCCGCAACAGCGACGGCGAGAUCAUCGGAGUCGCCCAGGCCAUCAACAAGAACCCGGGAGGGGCCCCCUUCACCGAGGAUGACGAGAAGGUACUGCAGAUGUACCUCCCCUUCUGCGGAAUCGCCAUCUCCAACGCCCAGCUCUUUGCAGCCUCCAGGAAGGAGUACGACCGGAGCAGAGCUCUCCUAGAGGUGGUAAAUGACCUGUUUGAGGAGCAGACAGACCUGGAGAAGAUUGUGCGGAAGAUCAUGCAGCGAGCCCAGACCCUGCUGAAGUGUGAGCGUUGCUCUGUGCAGCUGCUGGAGGAUAUCGAGUCCCCGGUGGUAAAAUUUACAAAAUCCUUCGAGUUGCUGUCCCCCAAAUGCAGCGCAGAUGCAGAGAGCAGUUUUAAGGACAGCCUGGAGAAAUCAUCCUACUCCGACUGGCUCAUCAACAACAGCAUCGCGGAACUUGUGGCUUCCACGGGACUCCCUGUCAACAUCAGCGACGCCUACCAGGACCCACGCUUCGACGCCGAGGCCGAUCAGUUCUCUGGCUUCCAUAUCCGCUCAGUGCUCUGCGUGCCGAUCUGGAACAGCAACCACCAAAUAAUCGGGGUGGCCCAGGUGCUGAACAGACUGGAUGGAAAGCCGUUUGACGACGCAGACCAGCGGCUCUUCGAGGCGUUCGUCAUCUUCUGUGGCCUUGGCAUCAACAACACCAUCAUGUACGACCAGGUGAAGAAAUCGUGGGCGAAGCAGUCCGUGGCUCUGGAUGUGCUGUCCUAUCACGCGACAUGUUCCAAGACGGAGGUGGACAAGUUCAAGGCGGCGAACAUCCCCCUCGUCAGCGAGCUGGGCAUCGACAAACUGUCCUUCGACGACUUCUCGCUGGACGUGGACGCCAUGGUAACGGCGGCGCUGCGCAUGUUCAUGGAACUGGGCAUGGUGCAGAAAUUCAAAAUUGACUAUGAGACCCUGUGCAGAUGGCUUCUUACGGUGAGGAAGAACUACCGGAUGGUGCUCUACCACAACUGGAGGCAUGCCUUCAACGUGUGCCAGUGCAUGUUCUCCAUACUGACUACGGCAGGAUUCCAGGAGACCCUGACGGAGGUGGAGAUCCUGGCUCUCAUCGUCGGCUGCAUCUGCCACGACCUGGACCAUCGCGGCACCAACAAUGCCUUCCAGGCCAAGACGGGUUCCGCCUUGUCCCUGCUGUAUGGUACCUCAGCCACGAUGGAGCACCACCACUUCAACCAUGCCGUCAUGAUCCUGCAGAGCGAGGGCCACAACAUUUUUGCCAACCUGUCCUCCCAAGAGUAUAGUGACCUGAUGCAGCACCUGAAACAGUCAAUACUCGCCACGGACAUCACCUUGUACUUUGAGAACAGAACCAUGUUCUUUGAGCUGGUUAACAAAGGGGAGUACAACUGGAAUGUGAAGGGUCACAGAGACAUGUGCAGGUCAAUGCUGAUGACGGCCUGUGAUCUCGGGGCUGUGACCAAACCCUGGGAAAUAUCGAGAAAGGUAGCAGAGUUGGUCACCAGUGAGUUCUUUGAGCAGGGGGAUAGGGAGCGAUCCGAGCUGAAGCUCACUCCAUCUGCGAUUUUCGAUCGGAACAGGAAGGACGAACUUCCGAGCCUGCAGCUGGAGUGGAUCGACGGGAUCUGUGCUCCGCUGUACGAGACCCUGGUCAAGCUGAACUCCAAGGUCCAGCCAAUGGUGGACAUGAUUCGGGAGAACAGGGCCAGGUGGGAGGAGCUACAUCACUCACGGCAGCUCAUCCAGGAGGGCAGCCCAGGGAGCAGCGACAGGCGCUCGGCCCAAGGCAGCGGCGACCCCCCCAGUGCAGGUUCCCCCCCCAGAAACCCCAGCUAGCUCUCACCCCCGCCUUCCAGCCCCCCCCCCCACCCCCCAUCUACCACCAUAUUUUUGCCUCUUCGCUUUUUUACCUGGAUCUACAGCCUCAAGAAACAAGCCACGCUGUGCAUGCAGGGAGUUUGUAGCGCUCUGCUUCAAGCUUCGGCCCCACCCCCACUCCCCGCCUCCUGUGGGUGGGCCGAGACAUGGGGCUUGAGGUGGAGUCAGGGAUGCAUAAAAAAAACGCUACUUCAUGCAUAGAGACAGCUGCGUGAGGGGUGGGCAGAUGAAGCCCCUCCCUGCAUUAAUCAUCUGGUUGGAUCGCAUGGUAAAGCCCUUCCACUCAGCUAUGAGGACUUGGAGAGCGGGGGAGAGAGACAGCGACAGGCCAGCCCCUCCCUCUACUCUGCUCUCCUUCAGAGGAGAAAUUGCUGGGAUGGAUGUAUCAGCUUAUUUCUUCCCCUUAAACUCUUUCUUAGACCAUAUGUCGCAGAAAUAUGGCGAGAACAUUUUUAUACUGUAUGUAUGUAUUUUCUAAAGGAUGCACUGUGCAAGUGCCAUCUGCUGUCGAUUGUUUGCUUGGCUUCGUGUCAACGAGACCUGUGCAGCCCUGAGAUGACGGGGGCGGUACGGUCGGGCGCUGGGCGUGGCCUGCCUUGCGGCUCCCUGUGCCUUGUUUACUGGUCAUUAAGAGGAAUGCAUGACAUCCUCAGCAUCAGAAACUUCCUUAGAAAAAAAGCGCCGAAAGACCCAGAAACCGUGUCGAUGUGACAUUUAGUUUUAAGCGUUAAUUUUCGUUCAUCAAAACUCUCUCACCGUCUUUGAGCAUUAGUUUAACUUACCGGUUCGAACUAUUUAAAAAGUGCCAUAUGGAGGCCACCUCUAGGGGGCGCCGGUCAUUUACCUUAAACUAAUUUUGCACCAAUGAAAUAAGCUAAACCGCUUGCAGCAAUGGAAACGGCAACACACAGGAAUGUAUUUAUCGAAACAUGUCGAUAAUUAAUUACACUUUAAUUACACGUUUCCUGCACAUCUCCUCCUGGCGGACAUGCAGAGAGAAACGGCAGAGCAGAUGUUUAAGGGUGACAUUGCUGUUCCCCCACAGCUAGUGAUAACUCAGUUAGCACCUUAUUAUAAAGCUGAUUUAAUUUCCAGUAAAGCGGACCAGCACCAAGCUUGCUUACUGCGGUGUUAAUCAAAUGCAGGCUGCACAUGCUGUGAUGAUCUUUAGAACAAGAAAAGUAAAUUAAACUGCACACACAAUACAUAUACACAUCUUACUAGAAGUGGUAUUAAAUAUCACACGCAUAAUUCUUAAAUAACAGAUCAGUCCAAAUCACAUCGUUGUCUUUAGUUAAUGUUAAAUUGUAUAUUACGACAAUAUCGUGGCAGCGGUAAUUUCCCCCUUUUUGCGACAUCUACGUCUUAACUGCAUGGACCAUGACAUGAAAUAGAAGCUAACCGCGGCAGGUACACCAGGCGUAUUGUAAGCUGAUAAUCUUGGCUUGCCGACUGUUAACUCGUCUUUGUACGUGGUUAUGUAAUUUCAUUUGUUAUUCGAAACGUUUUAUCCUUAAAUGAGCUGCAUGGGUUGUAGUAAAGCCUUUUGGGGUGAGUAUCGAGAAAGCCGGGUCCGGUUAUAUUUGUACUUUUGAUUUUUUUGAGUAUGUGACUUCUCCCUUUGCUUUAUAAUAGGCAACUUCUGGGCAGCUUUCUUAUUUAUGUACUCUAGCCAUGAUCUAAGUAUUAUCAGCGAUCAGCAAGCUGACACGAAGGGAACCUUAAACGCAUGAUAUUCGGAAAUUUGCGACGUUUUGUUAAGUUUGUCGAAAUAAAUCUCUGCUGCAAAAAUGGUUUCGUUAAGCCUUCGCCCUGCAUGUAUAUACUGACCCAGACGUUACAAUAUCCGUACAGAUAGCCGUGACACGCACACCGCAUUCGAGACGUGAACACUGAGGAUUGAUGGCUAGUGGGUGGAAAUCUGUGCAGGCAGAUAAUAAUCGAUUAUAGAGCUUUAGUCGAAAACAUACCCUGAGUUUAUAGGAACAAUAUACCACAGUACAACGUAAACAAGGAAAGACAUUAUAUCCACUGCAUGGUACAAAUAAUCUGGCAUCUUGGAGGAAAGUUUACACCCCCCGCCCCCCAAUCUUGGAGUUUGAAUAAAAUUAGCUAAAGACAGGGCACUAUAGACGAAUGAUCAUUUGAGUGUA